AACCUUGUGAAUCCGGUCCGUGGGUAGCAGCUCCGGUCCGGGUUAUAUUCGCUACCGCUGCCGCGGAGGGUUAAGCUAGGCUAGUUCAAAACUCCUCCCGCUAAUACUUGCCUUCCAGCGAUUUCACCGCUGCCCUAAAUGUCGCCAUUCAUUCCCGCGGAGAGUUUUAUUUACCAGCGCACGCUGGUUUUAUAAAUAACUUUUUAUUUAGUGAUAUCUUCUGGAGAUACGGUAAACAGCAUCAAGGCCCCUAGUCAAAGCUAACUGUUAACCCCCAAAGCUAAAAUGGCGGACAACGAGGGUGACAGUGGAGCUAUUGGAACAAUAACAGUGGCGGAGCCACCGGGGACAGAGUCUGAGCCCGCCGUUCAGCCAGACCCGCAGCCCGUGGAGCCUUUAUCAGUCCCGCCUGCCGUCCAGAUCUUUCAGCCCGAGGAGAAAGGAUCGACUUUCCUCGUCGCCCAGUGCGAUCAGCCUGCAGAGGGUGCAGAGCACGGGUCCUGUGCGGAUGGCGGUCAGCCCCCGAGUGGAGUGGAAACCUGCCAGGUGGAGCAGCGCAUGGUGGUGGGCGCAGAGUUUACCGACCUGGCCAACACCACCAUCAUCUACGUGCAGCCGGACGGCAGCCUGGUGGAGGGCUCCGGGCUGACGGUGGAGGAGCAGCAAGCGGUGCUGCAGCAGCUCACCAAGCAGCAGAUCGUGCAGGUCUCCGACACCGAGGCCAUCCAGCUGCUCCAGCACAGCCAGUUGGUCAAACCUGCCCCGGUCCAAAAGACGGCUCUGGAUCCGAGUCAGCUGCAGCAGGUCAUUAAUCAGGUCACCAAGUCCCAGAACCAGGUCCAGGUGCCUCAGGAGAAUCUGCAGCAUGUGAAGGGUCAGCAGAAGCAGCUCCAACUUUCCCCACAGAACCUGAAGAUCAGCCCUCAGAAUAAUGCUUCCACUCAGCUGAAAAGUGUGGCUCAACAGGUCGCUCUGCAGUCCAACACUUUAAUCCAGGCAGAACCAACGAGAAUCCAGAUCCAAGUUCCUCCCAAACAGGACCUGAAUUCUUGUGUGAGUCUGCAGCAGAAGACCGUGGCUAUCAGCCACCCGCAGGUGAAGCUGUCUGCCAGCGCCGGCCUGGGCAACGCGCAGAUCAUCCACCUGCAGCCUGUGGUGGGUCAGCAGGGUCAGCAGAUCCUGCUGCAGCAGAACCCAGGAGAACCCCAGAUCCAGUUGGUGCUGCAGAACGCCACUCCUGUGGUGGGCUCUCUGCUCCCCUUGGUCCACAAGGUGACUGGUCCGGCAACCAUAGCAACUGCUUCCUCCAGUCUGGGACAGAAAGCUGCCCUGCCUACCAUCAGAGUGGCAGCGGCCACCCCGGUUAAAGACCAUCCCCCUCCCAGCAGCAAGCCCCCUGCUGUUCCCGUCACUAAAACCAUCAGCAUUCCUCUGAUUAAGACUCAGCACAACGGGACGGAACCGACCGCCGCCGCUGCUGCUGCUGGGAAAGUCCCAGUUAAAGCGACCCCGGUCAUCCCCGCGGCUCCACGGCAACCCGCCGCCGUCGCCUCCAGGCUUCCCACGGCAACCUCAGCCUCUGUUGUCAAGGAAAGGGACAGAGAAAAAGAGGAGAAGAAGAAAGCAAAGAAAAGAGAGAGGAAAGCCCUGAAGGUCCAAACCCGAUCGGGUCGGGUGUCUAGGCCACCCAAGUACAAAGCUAAAGACUACAAGUUCAUCAAGACGGAGGACCUGGCGGAGAGCCACCAGUCCGACUCGGACGACUACUCCGACAUGAGCGUGGAGGAGGAGGAGAACGCCAAGCGGGACAGGCCAGGCUCCAGCAGCCCCUCGUCUCUCAGCUACAGCCUCAAGUCGCGCUGCCACCGCUGCCAGACCUGCGAUAAGGCCUACAUCGGCCCCGGUGGCCUGAACCGGCACUACAAGCUGAAUCCCACCCACGGAGAGCCCGACCUCACCGGGGUCACAGCCAGCAGCGCACCAGAACCCGGCCAGAGCAGAGCAGACCAGAAGGUAGAGGAGGCCGUCACUGAGGAGGAGGAGGACGAGGAGGAGGAAGAAGAGGAAGAAAAGCAAGAGGAGGAAGAGGAGGAGAAACCUGCUGCCAUGACAACAAACAGUGGAGACAACGGCCUGGCAGCUGAAGGACUCACCGGCCUCCAUUACCGGGGCCCGGGUCGCCCCAGAGGGCGAGGGAGAGGAAGAGGGCGAGGGAGGGGCAGAGGAAGAGGAAGAGGCAGGGGGCGAGGCCGAUCACUUGGACCUCCUCCUAAGGUGAGCAUUGGUCUCGUGGGCAGACCUGGUCGUCGCGGGCGACCCCCAAAGCUCGGGGUCAUUCCAGUAACGGUGCGGCAGCAGGCAGAGAGGAGACAGCAGCGGCUGCAGGAGCUGGUGGAGCAGUGUGAAGAUGAAGAGCUGAUGGAUGCUGUUCUUCCUCGUUUGACCAAAAUGUUAAGUCUGUGGGAGCUGCUGCUGGCGAAGCUGGACUCCAAGGGGUCGGCUUGUAGCUGCUUCCCAGACAUUUACCAUGAGUUUGAAUCUCUGCAUGCUCAAGUCAGGCAGACUGCACAGGACUACAUCGUAAGUCCUCAGGGUGGAGCCAUGCCUGUGGAGGUCAGGAACAUUGAGGUGGCUAGGUCUCUAGGGAUCCUGGACGAGGUGAACAAGAUGAAAGUGCUUCCUGGCGCAUCGCCUGUCUCUAGUGGGAACAAUAAGAACGUCCGGUACAUGGGGAACUCCAAGAUGUUGCCACCAUCUAAAAGAUUUAAGAUGGAAAACAGUAUUGCAGAUCACCAGAACGGCACAGAAGCGCCAAAAACAGCUGCUGCUCCAGUGGCCUCGGCCACCCAGGCAGCCUCUCUUGUCAAGUCGUGCUCCGUGUCUGUGUCUCCAUUGGAGAUUUCAGGUGGAGCCAAAGUGCUGAGCGCCUCUGCUGAACCUACCUCCAGCUCCUCCACCAUCGCCUCUCCUGACCCAACACCCAGCCUGGCUGCACCUCCUGCUGGCCCCACACAGGAGCAGGGGCCACCGGACCAGGAACAGGACGUACACAUGGCUGACGCCACGGUUCAGGACCCAAACGUGGCCGACGCCGCUGUCCAGGACGCAAACAUGGCCAACGCCGCUGUCCAGGACGCAAACAUGGCCGACGCCACGGUCCAGGAAGUAAACGGGGCUGACGCCGCGGUCCAGGAAGUAAACGGGGCCGACGCCACGGUCCAAGACGUAAACGGGGCCGACUUCACGGUCCAGGACGUAAACAGGGCCGACGCCACGGUCCAUAUGACCCAACCAGACUCUGCUCUCAGUCCUAGUGCCACCACCACCACAGACAGAAAGAGGGCGGAGCCUAGCCCCAACCCUGGCCCCGCCCCCAGCCCUGCCCACCCAGAGGCCUCCGCUCAGCCCCAGCCCUGUGACUCCUCCUCCCAGCCCAAAGAGCUGCAGGCGGGCCAGGAGAUCUACAUCCAGACGGAGGGGCUGACGGUGCAGCUGGCCGAGCCGGGGUCGGACGGGAUCGUUAUCGUCAACGGACCGGACGGAACCACCAUGCACAUCCAGACCCCAGAGGGGGUUCCCCUGGAGGCGGUGCAGGCCCUGCUGGGCAUUGAGGCUUCAGACGGGGACAGACCGGCCCAACAGACCCAGGACUGAGCGGAACCUCCUCAGAAAAGACUGUCAGGGAGUGAUGGACAGCUGAAAACUGCAGUGCCUCCCUUCAAACCCAGCUGAUAGGAGCCGACUGGCGCUUCUCUAUGAAUGUCAGAGUUUCAGAACAACACAGGGGGACAACGGUGCAAACCCCCAACUCCUGUAGGAAAAUGUCAAGGUCUUCAUCUCGCUGUGUUCAAAGAGCCAAGGUGAAGCUGCUAUAUAUAUAUAUAUAUAUAUAUGUAUGUAUGUAUGUAUGUAUGUAUGUAUGUAUGUAUGUAUAUAUAU